CUUUUUAACGCCACGCUUCAAUUCGCAACACGCCAUCUUUAAUUCCGUUUACUAGCUAACUAAAAGUUAUGCCAAUCUUCAAACUUUCUUCUUCGAAUCUUCAAAUCCCAGCUUCACUGCUUGCUCUUACUGUUAUCUGUGUGAUCGAUUCAUCAACUACCUUUCCAAACUGAUCAAAAACUUACCGGAUUUAGAAAGAAAUGGCUUCUUUGAUCCUUCCCACAAAGCAAAACCCUCCAUCGUCUUCGUUUCUUCAGAGGAACCAUCAAAACCCUCUCUUUUUCUGCAAAAGAAGAAGAAUCUUGAAAAAGAAUCAAACCCUAGUUCCUGUUGCAAGAUUAUUUGGGCCUUCAAUCUUUGAAGCUUCAAAGUUGAAGGUUUUGUUUCUUGGAGUUGAUGAGAAGAAGCAUCCUGGGAAUCUUCCAAGAACAUAUACACUUACACAUAGUGAUAUAACUUCUAAAUUGACUCUGGCAAUCUCUCAAACUAUCAAUAAUUCUCAGUUGCAGGGUUGGUAUAACAAAUUAUAUAGAGAUGAAGUGGUAGCAGAAUGGAGGAAAGUGAAAGGGAAUAUGUCUCUUCAUGUUCAUUGUCAUAUAAGUGGUGGCCAUUUUCUUCUUGAUUUGUGUGCUCGCCUCAGGUUCUUCAUCUUCUCCAAAGAACUCCCUCUGGUAUUGAAGGCAUUUGCUCAUGGAGAUGGGAAUUUGCUGAAGAACUACCCAGAGUUACAAGAGGCUUCAGUUUGGGUUUACUUCCAUUCAAACAUUCAAGAAUUCAAUAAGGUAGAAUGUUGGGGUCCACUAAAGGAUGCAGUGGGACCCUUGUCCACGUCAUCUGAAUCCACCAUUGUUGAAGAUGAAUCAAGCAACUGGGAGGUACCUAAACCAUGCCCAGAAGAAUGCGCAUGUUGUUUCCCACCAAUGAGUUCAAUUCCUUGGUCUCAUGAUCUUGUCAGAAAUCAAGAUGAUGAUGGUGUCACCCCAAAUGGCUUACAACAAAAAGCUUGAUCAAGAUUUCUUGGUGGGUAUUCUUUGUUUAUAGGUAUAUGAUGAUGAAGAUAAAAAAAAACCAUGUAGUACUUGUGUAUAUACGUAGCAUUUUUAUUGCUAUCAAAUUCCAAGAUUGUUUAAAUUCAGGUCUAACUUUUGCUUC